UAUUUGGUCUUCUUCUUCUAGGUUUUUCCGGUCAACGACUUAGUUUGAAGCAGAGCGGAGUAAAUCAUCAGAGAAGGAAGCAAAGAUGGGAGCUUUAGGGAAGCUAAUCGACGUAGCUCUCUUCGUAUUCUUUGCUUCAAUGGCGAUCAUUGCGCCGCUCAUUGACGGCCAAACGUCACUACCUGGAGGAAUCUACCCGGCGGUUCUCACCGAUCUGAAAAGCAAGUACAUUGCCGAUUUUGGAGACUACUUGCUCAUGGAGAAACCGCAUUUCAUAGUUGGACUUGUGUGGCAUGAGCUUCUGUUCCUAUGGCCGCUCUCGAUUGCUAACGUUUACGGUAUUCUCGCCGGAAAGUCGUGGUUUGGUACCACCUGCUUGUUGUAUGGAGCUUCCCUCGUUACUUCCAUGGCUGCAAUCCUAGGAGAGAUGAUAGGUUCAGGAAAGGCAUCUGACAGAUUGCUAAUGAUGUAUGUGCCUUUCAUGGGUUUUGGGAUUCUGGCUGUUCUUCGUGGGUUAGUCUGUCGAUCCACCAAAAGCACCGGAUCUGUUGGCAAGAGAUCCACUAUCAUGCCCAGAAGAAAGAUGGCUUGAGAUAAAAAGCAGCUUGCUACUCACUCUGGAAGUGGAAGGCCUACUUAUCCUUUUUCUUCUUCUUUUAUGUGUAAAAGUUAUUGGUUUCCUAUUUCUGUGGAAUUGUUGUUUGUUGGCUCAACAACAAUGAAAGGUUUCUUUGGUUUAAUUCAAAUUCAUUCUUUGCUUUUCUA